AUAUUAGAGUAUAUCUCCGCAGAAGAUUAGUUCGAGUCUUCACUUUGCUCUCAUCGGUUGCUGAUAGCUCUUCUUAAAGUUCAGGACCAAAGAAAAGAAAGAUGUACCGUGCUGUCAUCUUGUUAUGCCUGAUGGCAGCAGCCCAGGCUGGCGAUGAGUACAAAUAUCCAAAUACUGCUAAUGGUCGUUCUGCUAUGGUUCAUCUCUUUGAGUGGACAUGGACAGCGAUAGCUAGAGAAUGUGAAAAUUUCUUAGGCCCUCAUGGUUUUGGUGCUGUUCAGAUAUCUGCUCCUAAUGAACACCGAGUAAUAACGUCUCCGGAGUCUUGGGGAGUACAGCGUCCAUGGUAUGAAAGCUAUCAGCCAAUCAGCUACCAACUUGUGAGUCGUCGUGGAAACGAAGCUGAGUUUAUCGAUAUGGUAGAGCGAUGCAACGCAGUUAAUGUGAGAAUAUACGUGGAUGCUGUUGUCAAUCAUAUGUGCGGCGGCGAUACAAAGAGUAAUGAAAGCUGUGGCGAUAGCAAGUUUGACGCCAGUGCAUACAGUUUUCCCGGCCUAUAUGACAUCAGUCAAUUCAAUGUUCCUACUGGCCAAUGCCCGACUGGUGAUGGAGCUGUUAACGAUUACAACAGUAAAGAGAUUGUACGCAACUGUAAUUUGGUUGGGCUUCUAGACCUGCGUCACGAGUUUGAUUCAGUCAGACAGAAUAUUAUAGGCUACUUCAAUAAGGUAAUUGAUAUUGGUGUUGCUGGGUUCCGCAUUGAUGCUGCCAAGCACAUGUGGCCUAAUGAUCUCCAGGCUAUCUUUGAUGGAACAAAUGACCUGAACACCAAGUACUUCCCUCAGAACACCCGACCAUUCUUCUUCCAGGAAGUGAUUGACCAGGAUACAGGAGAAGCUGUCACUUGUUGGGACUAUAAUGAAAUAGCUCGAGUCACAGACUUCAUCUAUGGAAGAGAAGUCAGUGAGACAUUCAAGGGUUCCAGAUGGUUAGGGGGUUUAGAGGACUUUGGUAAAUAUAAUUCGGUCAAGUUGAAUAACGCGGAUGGAGUUGUAUUUGUUGAUAACCAUGACAACCAACGUGGACACGGUGGUGGCGGUUCUGUUUUAACAUUUAAAAAUGGUAAAGAUUACCAGCGGGCUAUUGUUUUUAUGUUGUCAUGGCCACAUGGUUUCCCACGAAUCAUGAGCAGCUAUAAAUUCAGUGAACACUGGCAUGGACCUCCAGCUGAUGCAAAUUACAAUACCCAAGAUCCAACGUUCAAAGCCGAUGGAACGUGUGAAUCGUCUGAUACUGUUGGUUGGGUAUGUGAACACCGCUGGAGACCUAUCAAGAACAUGGUCCAAUGGCGUAACGAGGCUGGUAGUCAAGCAGUAGAAAACUUCUGGGGUGACUAUGACAGGAUGGCCUUUUCCAGAGGUAAUAGUGCUUACAUUGCUAUGUCUCGUGGAGGCUCAACCUUUGAUGAGCAAAGAUAUACUGGUCUCCCUAAAGGUGAAUACUGUAAUCUGGCAGUAGUGGAUUAUGAUUCAAAUGCUCAAUCCUGCACUGGUAAUGAUAUUGUGGACGUUGACGAUUCUGGACAUGCUCAUAUCAAUACAAACAAUGACGAGAAUAUGGUUAUCAUCCAUGUUGGUGCUACAAAGAAUGGGCCCAUUGUAGAACCUACCAUUCAUCCUACCCAACCUUCAACUGAAGGGCCAACUCAAAAAAUUACCCAAGGCCCUACCCAAGGACCAGGCCCGACUUCCCCAGCUGGAUGGGAACGCACUGUCAUUUUCGUUGAAAAGGCAACACAAACUGGGCAACUUGUUGCCCUUCGUGGCGGUAUCGAUGGUUCACAACGUAGUGGUUGUAAUAACAACAAUGCAGACACAGAUGAAUGUGCCAUUCCUAUCACACACAAUAUUGAUGGACAAGGAACUGAAUUUGGCUCUUGGAAAGAAGGUGAUGAUUUUCUUGAUUGGCAUGGUCCAGAGAAUGAUCAAGGUAAUCAUAAUGGACAGUCUGCAUAUGGCACUCCUAUGGUCUGGACAACCAAUGAUCCUAACUACUCCAACAAUGUUGCACAGCAUGGUUAUGGCUACACUGAUCUCAAUCAAUGGGGAGAACACUAUUGGAUGGUGGACAUUCAAAUGGACUGCAGUAAGACAGAGGGAGGAUGGUUUGAACUCAAGGCAGUCCUAAAUGGUCAAUGGGAAAAUGAUUGUAACCAGCCGACAUGCGAAGGUAGUGCAAGCGAUACUACACGCCCGUACACCACAGGAAAUCACUUUGCUCGAUGUGGAUAUCUCAAUGUAUUUCACUUCAACAGUGAUCAUUGCCAGAUCGAUAACCUCUAAUCAUCUCUAAGGAUGUAUUGCCUCAAAGUUUUCUUCAUGUGCAAUAAUAGAUUUCUGCCAUCAACUUAUAGCAAUAUAUUUGCCUUUGAUUGUAUGUAUACAUUAUAUCCAAACAAACAUAUACAGAAAAUUGUAAUUUCAUAUACAUAGUACAAAACAUUGAACAUAAAGAAGUUCACAAUAUUCCACUAAUAUCUAUCACACAUAACAUACCAUACAGAUGAUAUUCCUGAUAUCUCUUUUAAUGAAAAUGUUUGCUUGCACUGGACAGGAAAAUACUAUUAAAGAUGAUCAUAAGAUUUAAAA